GCCUGUAGCUUACCUUAGUCUAUGCCUGACGGUGUCGUCUGGAUUGGACGCAUGUUAAAAUUUUUCCGAGUGAUAUUAUCUUGUUGAUAAACUUAAGCUAAAGCUAGAAGUGUUGAAAGAAACAUUAAUUAAUUUCGAUAAUUAAUAUUUUCAAACUAAAAUUGAGUUAUGAUCAAUAGUGUUGUUUCCUUUGUUGUCCUUCAAAAGACGCUGUGAAAUGGUUGGAUCUCGGUCCUUGAUGGUUUAUGUCGACGUCCUCACUAACUGAAGUGAAAGUUGUUGUGGUGAAAAUGCAUCUCUAAACAGUGAGUGCUCCGUACCGGAGAUUGGAAAACUUUGUGAAUGGAAAACGUGAACUUCCAACCGAGUGGCGAAGAUAUAGAACGGGCCCUGAUGGACCUGGGGCCGCUUCUUGGUGUGACCAUCAAGGAAGAGGUGCCCGAUGAUCUGGCCGAGCCAAGUGCACAGCCACCCUCCCAACUUGCUGUUGGGAGUUUGCCUGAUGCACCAGUCGCAGGUGGAUCUUCAGUGGCAGAAGGGGAAGCAGUGGAAAGCAAUGAUAAAGGUUCUGCAGAUUCCCUGGCAUCGCCCACCACGGGCCGAGCGCCUCUAUCUAGUUUGAGAUGUGUGCUGUGCUACAAUUCAUUAGCAAGCUUAACUGGAACACCCAAGCUCAUGGAAUGUCUGCAUUCAAUUUGCGAGACCUGCCUCAAAAUCAAGAUAGAGAUGAUAAAAAGUGCCAACAGCACAGAAUUUCUUGGUGCAGAAAGGGUCACAAUAUUGUGUCCGAUAUGCAGGUUUGAAUGUCAACAAGCAAACAUGAUAGACCAGCGUUUCUUUAUUGAGAAAAUGGCUUUGGAGCAAGUUGGAAAUAAUGGCGCAAUAAGCGGUGACCAGCAGUGCAACAGCUGCGAGGACACGGAGCCGGCCACCAGCUACUGCGUGGACUGCGCGGAGUUCAUAUGCGACAACUGUGUGCUCGCACACCAAAGACUGAAAAUAACAAAAGACCACACGAUAAAAUCUAAGGAGGAGGCGGUGGCGGAGCUGCAGGCCGCGCAGGGCUCCGCGCGCAACGCGCACGACAUGUACUGCACCGAGCACGUGCAGGAGCGGCUCUCUCUGUUCUGUGAGACGUGUGACCGGUUGACUUGCCGAGACUGUCAGCUGCAGCACCACCGCGACCACAAGUAUCAGUUCAGCACCGAAAUGGCCGCACAGGCCAGGUCGAGCAUCUCCUCGCUGCUGUCGGAGGUGAGCUACAAGCGCGUGCUGCUGGGGUCCGCUAUGAAGGUCAUCCGUGACCGGCACGCGCUCAUCGCGGACAAGAAGCGGGCGCUCGUCCACGACAUCACGCAGACCGUAGUCAAGUUAACUAACGCGAUAAACACCCGCGGUAAGCAGCUGGUGCUGCGGCUCAACGAGGUGUGCGACGCCAAGCAGCGGACCCUCACCGAGAAGAAGGAGGCGCUGGAGCAGCUCGCUGCCAUCACCGACCACUGCGUCAAGUUCGUCACGGCGGCGCUCGAGCAGGGCAGCGACACGGCGCUGCUGUACUCCAAGCACUCGGUGUGCGCGCACCUGCAGCGCAUCAAGAGUCGCCGGGCGGACAUACCCAACCCGGAGAUACCCGUCCGGAUCAACCUGGCCCUCGACAAAUUACCUGAACUGAUUCGAGUAUUGUCGACAAUCGGCGCCAUAGUGGUGGACGGCAAGGUGGACGGGGGCUGCGGCGGCUCCCCCGCGGCGACGUCCCCGUACCCCGCGCCCGCCCCCGCCGCCGCCCCCGCGCCCGUCCCCGCUCCCGCCCCCAACAACUCCGCUGUCGUGGCCCUACAGCAAGUCGCUAUGCACCAGACAGUGGAAAGAUAUCAGUCGUACGUGGCGUCGGUGGCGGGCGCGGGCUACAUGUCGCUGGCGGGCGGACGGGCGCGCCCGCACACGCCGCUGCGGCACCCGCACGUCACCUCCACCACGCACCCGCACCACCUGCACGGGAUGAGCGAGCUGAACCUGCGCGGGCUGCUCAACGCGGCGGGACGGGGCCGCGCGCCGCACCCCGCCGUGCACCACGCCUACCAGCAGAUGAUGAAUGCAUACGGUGGCACCGGGUACAACAGCGCUCCCAACCCCGGACAGGGGUUUAACGCCAGUCCAGCCGCCGCCCCCGGGUAUAGCGGGGGCGCGCCCGGGGGUGCCACGGGGGGACUCGUGGGGGGACACGCGGGCCCCACCGGGGGACGGCGCAGUGUGGGGCCCCGUACUCCCUCGCCCGCCCCCCACUACCCUCCCGCUAAAUGGCACAUCCCACAACACAAUUCACACAACGGUGAGUGCGGACCGGAGCUGGCGGCGGGAGGCGGCGCGCCCCCCAGCGGCGGCUCGGAGUACAAGAUCACGCUGUCCCGGCCGCGCCCGCAGCCCGCCGUCGUCACCUCCACCAACCCCAAGACGCCCAGCCCCAGCCUCAACGGCGGCGCCAGCGAGCUGGACGCCGUGUGCGCCGAGUCCGUGCAGGACCUCAUGGCCACCAUCGCCAAGCUGGACUCCAACGGCGUGCAGGUGCUGCCCGAGCACUCCCCCGCGCCGCUCGUGCACUCCUCCACCGACCCCGACCCCGCCCCAGGUAAGAGCUUGGCCACGAAUGCGGCGGGCGCAGCGGGCACGAGCGGCAGCGGAGGCGGAGGCGGGAGCGGGGAUCCCAACGAGGACUGGUGCGCCGUGUGCAUGGACGGGGGCGAGCUGAUGUGCUGCGACAAGUGCCCUAAAGUGUUCCACCAGUACUGCCACAUACCCACCAUAGAAAAACUACCCGACGAGACUGAGAGCUGGCAGUGCCUUCUGUGCGUGAACUUCGCGGAGGUGGGGGAGGACGCGGCGCCCGGGGGCUCCGGCGCGGGCCCGGGGCUGGGCCCCCGCAUGCAGCGCCUCGUGGAGCGGAUCACGCUGGAGUUGUACUGCCAGUACGAACUCAGCCUGCACUUCAGGGAGCCCGUGCCGGCCGAGAACCUGCACUACCACUCCAAGAUCGCUCGGCCCAUGUGCCUGGACGCCAUCCGCAUGAAGCUGCAGCCGGGGUCGGCGUCCCGCUACGCACACGUGGAGCGCUUCCUGGCCGACGUGCGCCUGCUCUUCCGCAACGCCUACGCCUACAACCCGCCGGACUCGCAGGUGUACAAGGACGCGAAACGACUCGAAGAGUUCUUCGACGCUCAACUGUUGAAGUGGCUCCCGGAGUACGCUUACUGGAACGGCGAGGCCGAGGGCGAAGCGCCCACGAAACGACCCCGACUGGACUGACAAGACGCUCCGGCGCCACCGCGCGCCCCCGCCCCCGCCACCUACCCCUCGUCCUGCAUCACGACGAGCUCCAUAGCCCUGGUGCAGUCGAGGACCCAGUACGCGGCGUACAACCCUCAGAUGCUGCCCUCGCUGAUGGCUCCUCCGCAGCCCUGCACCACCAUCCUGCAGGGCAUGCAGUGCUCCAGAUAUCUUCCUCACUAGAGGUCCGGUUCAUUUAUUACAGUCGGAUCGAACAUUCUGGAACAGGCGAGGCGACUGCUUCGCUCAUUGCGCCGCGCGUCAGUACUGUAAGGAUUAGCGACGUAAUCAAACGAAUACACAGUACUCGUUCAUGUGAAUAUUCUCAUUGUUUAUUACGUAAGCAAAUUUAUCACAAUAUUUGUAGUUAAUACUAGGUAUUUCUGCUAGAAUUAAGAUGUUAAGAAAAGUUCCUCUACGGUUGUUGUGAGACUUUCUAUUUCACGUCCAUAGCCCUCGGGCCGCGACGUGACGUCACUCUCAGUCAUCACAUCCGAGUUCAAUAGCAAUAGUAGAUAAAACCGUGUCCUCUGCGUUAAUAUGGUUACGGAUAUAUUACAAGUAACCUGAGCGAUGCGCCUCCCUUACUGCAGGCUGGAGCUUACAUCACUCUACGAAGGGCGCGGGACUAGAUCAUUCUUCACAUCAGCGUGCUUGGAACAGUGUUCCAACUCCAUACAAAUUUAAGUUAACUUUGACGCUAUCGAGAGCGUUAAAAAACUCGCACUGAGCACAUUGAAAGCCGUAAUGAGAAAGGUGUCGACGAGUAUUCACAGAACUGGAAAUCAACUGUAAAACUGUUUGUCAAAUAUUUACUAAAGUUUGAUACCCGCGGAGGUUUGAACUCUGGCACAGUCGCAUCGCUCCAUACGAAUACACUGCCCGUCUUACCCGUCAAUGUAUUUCAAAAUAUUCAACAACAACAAAUUAGUAUCAUAAUUGGAAUGAUGCAAUUUUUAUCUUUGGUUGAGUUAUAAUUACAUAUCUCGAUGAAUCACUUUUGACUGUCGAUGGAAAUUGCAUCUUAUACGUAUGCGCUUAAGAGGUAUUUCACUAGAACACGAAAUCGAAUGUGCUCUUGUUCCUACAUGAGUAAUAACGAAAGUUAUGUUUUGGAUUGUGGACAUCUGUGAUAUGACGGAACAUUGACCGCCAACGACGCUUGUUUGUAUAACGUAAAUACAAUUACCAUUAUUUAUUGGGGUUUUGUUUGUUGGCAACACUGAUAUCUGUUGGAAGAGAAGAGAAAAUGCAAAUAAAUCUAUUGGAACGAAGUUCCUUACGGCAGGCUUGGAGGGGAUAGGGAUUUUGCUGCGCGACCGAACUGAAAAAAAUGUGAUAGUAAAACCGUAAGAAAAAAUCCGUGGAAAAAAGUGCGUGGAAUAAAACCGUUAAAUGAGACGUGCGCAGGCGCGACAGUCGCAUACACAAGCGAGUAGUGUAUAAUACCUUUCUCAUUCUCUCUUUUACUUUUACAUACUUUCCUGCACUUAAAUAAAAACUAAUCAGCAAAAUUUAAGAGAAAAAUCAAGAAAACCUACAUAAAAUUGAGCACGUUUUUUUUGUUGCAAAUUGUGUCGAUUCUACAUUAGCCGAAGGAACUUCGUUCCUACCUUGUGUCCCACGACACCACAUCUUUCUUUUUAAUUUCUAAAUACUAAUUGAAUAAGAACUGUCUGAUGAACUCAUCUUUGUUUAAUACUUCACUAUUAAAUUUUAUUGCCUUUUUUAUAUUAAAGUUUUAAUUUUUCAAAAUUUCAAGUCCGAAAUUACGAAAAAUUAACGCAGCAAUUUGAAGGGAUCUCUGCCAUACGAGGCUGACCCGACCUUCAUAUUUUGUAGAAAUAGAAGGUAGUUUACGAUACGGAAAUAACAAUAUAUUUAUUAAUAAUCAUUAUCAUAUAAUUACAUACAGUUAUGUAUUCUAAACUAAUGCGAAUAGUGAUUAAUAAUGAUAUUAAAAAGUAAAUAGCAUGAUACAUUAGUGAUACCAUUUAAAAAAAAAUGGAUAAAAACUAUUUUUUUAAGCUGCAUUUUCAAUUUGCGGGAAAUUUCGAAGUAUCAAAUGAAAACAUGUAAAAGUGUAAGAAAAGUUUCCAUUAAGGACUAGCCAGCAAAUGUUUGUUCAUCUGAACUAAUAAUAAACCAUUUUGUUAGAAUUAAUGAGUACUGCUUCUAAUGUGGCUUGUCGCUUUAUGGGAAAUAGGUGAAAUAUAGGAAACAUGAGCUCAGAUCAUAGUAGCAACCGUUUUAUAAGAUUCUCGCAAGUCGUAGAAAUAAUGCAAAAAGUGUUUACAUUCUAUCGUUGCCUUUCGUUUGUACAGCUUACUAAUAAUAGACAAGCAUGUGACCACAGUGUUGCCAGAAAUUUUAGUUUUGAUAUGAGUUCGGUGGCCCGUAAGAAGUAUUGUAAUGAAAAAAAAAAAGUAGGUGAACAGUAAAAAACAAAGACGAUAGUAUAAAAAAAAUAAAUUAAAUCCUUUUAAAGUGAUUUUCAGUACAUCCCUACCUGGUCUCGCGUAUUGACUGAAAGUUUCAUUCAACAGACAGCCCUGGCUACGCGUUUCGUUUUACGAAAUUAAAUUUUCACUUGUAAUUUAAAAAAAAAGCAUCGCCUAAUAUGAAGCAACUCUCCUAUUUUUUGAAUUGUUAUGUUGAGCUAUGUAUUUAUUUGCUAUUCGUUUGAUUCGAUUGUGUAGUUAUAAAUAUUUCAAGACUAGUAUCAUUGAUAGGUGUAAUGAUAAUAAUAUGCAUAAAUAUGUUUGUUGUACAAAAUUCAAAUAUACAGCCACAUAUAAUGCCAUAUGAUUCUUUUCAGUCUGUGGAUCAAAAAUACGAACUCCUUCGCUUUGAAGUAAAUCUUAAAAUUCGUUCAUGUACAGACAGUUGUACACACAAUAGAACUAUAUUUCUAAAUUAUGUAGUUAUAUUUUUACAUCACAAUUAUAAUACUAUAAUAUAAGUAAGAGAAUAUAAUAUAUACAUAGUAUUAUAAUGAAAAUAUUCCAAUUGGAAUUCUAAUGUUGACGGUGAGUCUCAAUUUAAAUUCGAGAAAGGCGUAAUAAUUUAGAUAAAUUAUUUCCAUUCAAACUAUGAUGAUUGUUCAAAAUCGACUUGCGCGUCGACUUAACUGAUUGCGUGACAUGUUCAUUGCUUUAUAAUGGCGGAAUUUGCGAUUGGUCUUAGCGGUUAUUGGAACCGUUUAUUGUCUCCCCAAUUGGAGCCAUGAGGUCGAAGUCGCAAUCAUACUGUUAUAAUACCCUCUUGUUCCUAGCUUUGUUUCCAUCCUUUCCCGAAUAGCAUCAACACUUAUGAUCCUUUAUUAAACAAUCAGUCCUAUUCCUAAUUCCACACGGCAGGGUUGCCGUCAUUGUCGUGGUAAAUCUUUGUAUGUCUAUGUCAUUAUUAUUAUUUUUAAAAAGACCUUUUCUCAAUUCCGUAUAACAGUACUGAAGCCAUCGCGACAAAAACAACCCAGAUUUUUUUUACCUACUCGUGUAGGCCAUAACGCCACUAGGCUCAGCUAGAAGUUAAAAUGGCAAUGCAAUCAAAUCGCAGAGCGAGAUGUGGUGACGAAUGAAACAAUGCAAGUGACAUUUACAUCCAAAAGUAAAACAUUGUUUUUAUGUUAAUAUUGGACAAUAUAUCUUUUUAAUAGGCCCCAAGGCCAGACCUCUAGGGUAACAAUAAUAUGCUAAAUUAUAGGGGAUAUAAUCGCCCGGGUUAAAUUAUUCAAGUUGAACCCAGCAUCAGCGGUAUGCUCUCUUGAUAUUAAAAAAAAAUCACCCCGUAGUUGAUGAUGUUAUGUUAUUUUUUUCCUGUUUGUCAUACGGCACGUGACUGGGAGAAGGGGUCUCAGCAAACGUUGUUUUGAUAACGCGACUGUUUUAGUUUAAUUAGUUUUAAUGACGAAACUUGUCUCAAUUUUGGAGCCGUUUGGUCGUAGGUGAGUAGUUCGGGUCAGCUCAGAGACUGGACAAGUGACGGUGUUUUGUGCUUUUUUUUAUUUAAUUCUUCGUGUAAUAUAUCCUAGUUAAGGAUAAGGGCAUUUUUUAAAGUCAAUGUAAACCACCCGCCCGGUCUGUUGGUGCCAGUCGUAAAAAAUUGUACAUACGACUGAAUGGUUCCAAAUUUUGUGUACUGUAACGUGAGAAUAUUGUAUUCUAAGUUGUGUAUUUUUAUUUUGUAGUUGAUGAUAUUUCUUGAAAUAUAUUGUUGUCUUAUUAAUUAUUUAGGUCUCCAGAUAGUAAUCUCCUGUAAGUAUUAUAAUUAUUAUUAUUGAAAUUAGAAAUUAAAUUACAUUUAUUGGA